CUUUACAUUCGUAUACUAUCUAUAUAUGACAUUGAACCGUUUAUUUUCGUAUCUCCGUCAUAUUAGUGGACUGUCAGGCAUAUUCAUUUCAUUUGGAAUAGAUACGUAAAUUAAACAAGGCUGAGCAUAUGCAAUCUUUACCAUUCCAAUUUCACAUCAUUGAUUUAAACUGACCAAAAGUACAGGACAGGCGGAAGGAUUCAGGGAGAGAGUUCCAGAGUAACGGGGCUGCAUACCUAAAAGAGUUCUUACCAGCUUUAGUAGAUUUCACUUGAGUGUCGUCAAAAGACUGGACGGUACUUGGCUAAAAUAUAGGGAACAUAUUUGAAGUACUAGGAUGGAAGCAUACAACAAGAAACCCAGGAUCCUUUUUAUUGUAUGUACUACAUGUUAAUACCUGCAUUUUCGUUUCUAUUUAGACCGUUGAUAACAGGCCUUCCCGUUUUGCUCAUCAGUGUGGUGAGCAUGUACCUAUACUUUCCUGUGAAACACGAGAACGCAGAAUAUGCACGACUUACAAACCAAGGAAUACUCUUAUUCAUUUUGGUCAUUUUCCAUUUCCUCGGUGGAUGGUUAAGUCUUAAAUGGAACAUUGACUACUGCAUAUACAAGCCUCUGGCGGCAUGUAUCUGCUGGAAUUCUUGGUUACUUAUCUGUCUGGUUUGGCAUACUAACAGUAUCAUUCUUCAAAGAAAUGAGAUGUGGUCAGUGUGGUCAGCUAGACUGACAUGUUUGGUUACUUUUCUGAUACUUUGGCAAAUAUCGGUACACUGGAACCUGUACAAGAACGGGCAACAAAACCAAGAGCAACAAAAACAAGAGCAACGAAAACAAGAUUAGAAAGCAUUAUGAUUUACAACACAUACUUUAUCUUAACAGUAACGGUUACAUGUUGAUUAAACGAUUUGCCCUUUUUGCACUAAUCAGGUGGUAAAUGAGUUCCGCGGUUUGAUGGACUAUUUUAUAGGAUGGCUUGUGUGAAAGUCUAUUUACAUAUGCUUCGAAUAAUCUUGAACAUUUCACAGCCUUAACAAAGAAAGACAAAUUUAAAGUAUCUUUUACAAAUAGGAGUAUUUUACGGUUGUCUGUCAAAACCUGCUUUGAUAUUUUAAAACAAGAACUGAUUUCUUAUAAAUAAUAUAACACAUCUAGUUACGAUUUUUAACCUAUUAAGAUACAUUUUGUAUUAUAAUCUUAGCUUAUAUUUUACAGAAUCUGACAGUAAACAUAUUUAAAUUGAUUAAUGUACAAGGAUUGUUACGGGCUUUUUUGUAUGUAUGUAAGUGCGCAAAUAUAGAGUGUAAUAGUGAUUGUAUUAAUUAAUGCAAUUCA